AUGAGCUCGAAGGAGAGAAGAAAGAAAGGGAAGAAAUUCACCAAACUCAUCGCUAGCAGCGUCCAAGUGGAAGACGAAACAAGGUUGCAAUUCGAAGAGUUGACAACAAAAUGCAGCGAAAAGGAGAGAGAGGCGAUCUUGGAGCCGAUGAGAACUUUCCACAGAGAGUUGUUGGAAAAGUUCGAAGAAAUCGGAGGAAAUGAAUGGCCACGAUCGGUGAUUCGAGUGAUGAGAGAGUUCAAACUCGAAUCGGUGGAAGAGUUGAGAGAGGCGUGUGCGAAAGCAGCGCAAGUGCAAGUCGAGAAAAACUUAUUGACGGAGUGCUGGGUUGAAGAAAGGGAGAUGCUCGGGGAGCAAAUCCAGAAAAUACAGAGGGAAAAGGAGGUGGCUGAGGCCCAGGUCAAUAAGCUGGAGAAGGCGCUGACGCAACUGAGGAAGAAGCUGGAGCAGGAGGAACGCAAGUCGAAUGGCUUGUGGGAUGAAGCCCAGGAAAUCGCUGUGGAAACAGUGAAGGGUGAGGAAAAAACCGAGGUGCAACAGAAGAAGGGAAAGAGAGAUGCGAGAAAGUGGAAAAGCAAAAGAAGUCUGUCAAGAGGUGGGACGAGUAGUGAGGAGAAGAAGGUUUCCAUGGUAGGAAAUCUUGGAAUCAGUGUUGGAAACACGGAUCCUUACAAGAAAACACCGGAGAAGAACGAGGAAAUCGUUGUGUAA